UACCGAUCAGCAAUUGGCAGGACUGCCGAGCUGGAGCGCUCUAGCGCGGGGAUGAACCUUCUCGCGCGCGCGUCUGGAAAGGUCGAGUUGUCCAGGAGCAAUGCCAACACUUUCACAUAACUAAGCAAGCGCGUGUGUCUGCAGCUUUGGAAACAUAUCUGAGGGUUUGGUGACAGAAGUUUGAGAAGUGUUGCAGAGGCCGGUCAGAGCUGCUGCUGCUGGAAAUGGUCACGGUGGGACCUCAGCUGCAGCUUCAGCCCACAGAAGCGCCGCAAACUCGGGCUGAGCGCGCAGGAUGAGACCGGGGGACGAGGACAGCGACUCGGGCAUCACGUUGUUUGUGCGGACGGCGUGAGUCACAGUUUUCCACCAUGGACGAGAAGUUAAACAGACUCAUCUUCAUCCUGGUUGCUGCGGUGCUCUUCCUGAUGAUCGGCUACCAGUACGUGUGUCCGGCGGACAGCAACACCUGCUACUUCAGGAGCGACGACAAGGGGCUUUUCCAGAAGUAUUCAUCCGGGUUUGAGUUGGUCUAUACGGAGCCGGAGGCGGAUGAGGACUUCCCCACCAAAAUCACAUCCAAAUUCAACUUCACGGAGCGGGACCUGGACCGGCACGUCGACUUCAACAUCCGAGGGGACGAUGUGAUGGUGUUCCUGCACAUCCAGAAAACCGGCGGGACGACGUUUGGGAGGCACCUGGUUAAAAACAUCCAGCUGGAGCAGCCCUGCGACUGCAUGGCCGGCCAGAGAAAAUGCACCUGUCACCGGCCCGGGAAAGCUGAGUCGUGGCUCUUCUCCCGGUUUUCCACGGGUUGGAGCUGCGGCUUGCACGCGGACUGGACCGAGCUCACGAGCUGCGUGCCCGUGGUGAUGAACAAGAAGGACAAGAACAAGAAUGCCCCAAAAAGCAAAAGGAACUUCUACUACAUCACGAUGUUACGCGACCCUGUGUCGCGCUAUCUCAGCGAGUGGAAGCACGUCCAGCGUGGAGCUACGUGGAAAACUGCCCUUCACAUGUGCGAUGGCCGUCCUCCCACUCAGGAUGAGCUUCCUGCCUGCUACAGCGGCGAAGACUGGACGGGCGUGCCACUAGCAGACUUCAUGAACUGCCCGUCCAACCUCGCCAACAACCGGCAGGUCCGCAUGCUGGCCGACCUCAGCCUGGUGGGCUGCUACAACAUGUCGUCCAUGAGCGAGCUGGAGCGAGGCCGUGUGCUGCUCGCCAGCGCCAAGGCUAACUUGCGCAACAUGGCUUUCUUCGGGCUGACGGAGUUCCAGCGAAAGACCCAGUACCUGUUCGAGAGGACGUUCGGGCUGCGCUUCAUCCGGGCCUUCACCCAGAUCAACAGCACGCGCGCCGCCAGUGUGGGGAUCAGCGAGAAGGUGCGGUGGCGCAUCGAGGGGCUUAACGCCCUCGACAUGGAGCUGUACGAGUACGCCAAAGAGCUGUUCCUGCAGCGCUACCAGUCCAACCGGCAGAGGCAGCAUCAGGAGGAGCGGCUGAGGAGGCGGCGGGAGAGGCAGCAGCUGCACAGGAAUUAUCUGGCUCAGCUGUUGAGACUGGGAGGAGCAGCAGAGAAGGAGGAAGAGGAGGUGAAGGAGCUGGAGGAGGUAGUCACAACAGAGGACUACAGUAGCCAGGUGGUGCGGUGGUGAGGAGGACACUCCAGUUCUGACUAAUUACUGGUUGAUUAUGUGUUUUAUUCUCUGUGACUCCACAAAAACCUCCAGCCCUCAUCGCCUCAUAGCAUCUUCGUUGGACUGCCGAACUGUGUCUUUAUAUUUAUUAUGAUGGAUGUAUUUCUCAUGGCAACAGGAAAAUUUUGUAUAUAUUGUUUGUUUUUUUUAAUCUUAUGGCUUUUUUUGGCACUAUAGUUGUAAAAUGUAUUUAUUUAUUUGUUAGCAAGUGCUUUAAUGUUCUCAAAGAAGCAAAAAAAUCUAUAAAUUCUGGUAAAAUUUACAAUAUCUGGGGAAAAAAAGGUAAAAUGCUUCAGAAUAAAAGCUCAUUUUAAUCCACUAUCAAAUUAGUCUUCUGGGGCCUGGACCACGAAGCAGGGUUAACAUCUCAUCAAGAUAACUUCAGAUUCAGCUCUGGAUUAUUAUUUAAGAUAAUGUGACUCAGGGGUGUCAAACUCCAGUCCUCAAGGGUUUUAGUUAUUUCUUUGCUCCAACACAACUGAACAAAUGGAUCCAACAGCUCUUUGGAAACGUCCUCACAAUAACCCAUUUAUUUCAGUCAGGUGCGUUAGAUCAGGGAAACAAUGAAAACCUGCAGGACACCAGCCCUCGAGGACCGAAGUGUGACACCUAUGAUGUAACUGGAUCUCUUGUUAGCGGGUUGCAUCACCAUGGCAACUGAUGCUGGAAAUUCGUCUCCAGACGUAAGAGACGAGCACAUGUAAAAGCCCCGUCUCCAGACCAGAUUUUUUCUCUUAGACAUGAAAAAGACAUUAGCAUUUGUCCAGCAUCAUGACAGCAGGAUGAUGGUCCAGCUGCCAUGUUGUGCCGAGAGGAGCUUUCUGGAUGUACGGCUUCUCUCUAUACUUAUACUUAUACUAUUUUUAUUUUUAAAUGAGUUUUUUGUUAAUUUAUAUUAAUGCUGGGCUUGACAGAAGGGACAAAAGAAAGGACAAAGAGGGGAAAGAAAGAUAUAAAACAUAAACAGCUGCUUCACCUGUGAAGAAACAGAAAACAUCCUACGGCCUCUAUAAGAAAACACAAUAGACAAUCAUCAAGAGCACCUGUAGGAAGGUUUUAAUGUUUAACGAAAGACUUUAGCACAUAUGAAUUUAUAUGCAUAAUAAAU